AUGGAAAAGGAACUAAACAAUUGCACGAGCGCUUCGAACAUUGAUCCUCCGAGUAGUGGUACAAAUGAUCUCCAACGUCAGUUGAAAAAUAGACAUGUGGCCAUGAUAUCAGUUACUUUUCCGAGGACUUCAGGCACGGGGUUAUUCAUAGGGACUGGCACGGCUCUUUCGCACGGUGGACCCGCAUCAUUGGUUAUAGGCUACGCCUUCACCGGGAUUCUCGCUUGGGCAUUGAUGUGCAGUUUAGGUGAAAUGAUCUGCCAUCUUCCCGUUGCCGGUGGUCACACUUCCCUCGCUUUUCGCUUUUUCUCUCCAAGUAUGGGAUUCACACUUGGAUGGGCUUAUUGGUACACUUGGUCACUCACAGCUGAGCUCGCUGCAUCGGCAAUCCUAAUCCGUUUCUGGACGACGAGUAUCAAUCCGGCACUGUGGAUGAUAAUAUUCUUGAUCGGGGUUUCACUCAUCAAUCUAGGGGGCGCGCGACUAUAUGGCGAGAUGGAGUUUUGGUUUUGCAGUAUCAAGAUUGUUACAAUCGUGGGAGUUGUGAUCUUGGGAAUCAUACUAGACCUAGGGGGGGUAACAGGCGAACGUAUUGGGUUCCGAUACUGGCGAGAUCCGGGUCAUAUUGAAAUCAUCUUCCAUCAGUAUGCAGGAGUACCUGGAGCAGCCGGUCGGUUUUGUGGAUUUUUUUCUGUGUUCAUCACCGCCGCCUUUUCGUAUAUCGGUAUAGAGUUUUCGGCAAUGGCAGCUGCAGAAGCUAAAAACCCAAGGCGCAACAUGCCCAAAGCCAUAAGGAGGGUCUUUGGUAGAGUGUUGUUGUUUGUGGGUUCAUCUCUUGAAGUUGGGACUUUAGCGCUCCUUGUGCCUUCAAACGAGCCUAGACUUAAGCUAGCAGUAGCCACUGGCGCAAAGUCUCCCUUUGUCAUUGCUGUUCAAAACGCUGGAAUCAGAGGACUUCCUUCAGUCAUAAAUGCAUCCCUUUUGACGUCAGCCUUGUCCUCUGGAUCCUCCAUAUUAUACGUUUGUACUCGAACUUUAUACGGACUGAGCAUCAGCGGCAAUGCGCCUCGCUUUUUAUCCAAACUCACCUCGAAUGGGUUACCAAUCUAUUGUUAUUUCGUUGGAAUUGCGAUGGGUUCUUUGUCGCUGAUGUCAGCAGGCGAAGGAAAGGCUGGCCGAGUGUUUGGCUUCCUGGUUUCGAUGACUAGCGUUAGCGGAUUGUUAACCUGGGCGUCUAUAUUUGCCACUUACAUCCGGUUUCAUGGUGGCAUGGCCGUUCAGAGAUAUGACAAGUCCCAGUUGCCUUAUCGAUCGCCACUUGGUCCAAAAGCAGCUUGGGGCGGUCUUCUUUGCUGUGUAGUCAUCAUCAUCACAAAUGGAUUUGGGGUUUUCUUGAAGGGAAGCUGGGACUUUGAGACUUUUUUUACGUGCUACUUUCCGGUUGUUGCAUACAUUCUCACAUUCAUUGCCCAUUCAUGGUGGACUGGCUCUAAGCUAGUCGCCAAAGGAAGCAUGGACUUUGGUAAGUCGUAUGCUGCUUCCAGCUUGCCAAUUGAAGAAGAUGAACCAAUCCCAAAGAAUUUACUUGAAAAGAUCUGGCAAUUCCUCAUGUAG